UCCCGCCUCCUUGUAAACCGCCAUUUUGAAAUUAUGAGCAGUGAAAACAAGUAAAGAUUUUUAAUACUGCCUGAAUUUAGUGUUUAUUUUGUUUAAUCUCAGCCUACGAGGAUAGCAGUACACACUAUUUGAAUAUAUAUGUAUAUAUCGUUUCGAAAAUUGUGUUUCACUGAUUGCAGUCAUGUCUGGUGAUGGAGAUACAAGUUUGAACACGGAUACAGAAGAGAAAAAUAAUGAAGAGGCAACUAAAAAGCCUGCCAGCCUGCCAGCCACAGAGAAGGAAAUAGAAAGGGAAGAAGCAUCAGAGGGAGAAGAUGAGGAGGAGGAGGAUGAUGGCAAAGAAAAAAGCCUCAUAGUUGAAGGCAAGAGAGUAAAGAAGACAGUGAAGAGGUUAGACUUCCAAAUGGUUCAGCCUACCAAGGAACCGCUUUCCUUUGUACCAGGAAAAGGUGAAAUACUGGGUAAUAUAGAGAGAAUACAGCUCGUCGUGGGAAAGAUGAAAGCAGCAAACCUUAAACCUUUACAUAAGCUACUCUAUAACCGACCAGGCACGAUUUCAUCUUUAAAGAAAAAUAUCCGCCGUUUCAGUGGGUUUACAUUUGAAGAGGAAAGUGACCAGUACAAGAAAAAGCGUGAGAUUCUGAAAAGGUAUACAAAUGCUGUAUUAAAGACCAUCUGUGGUACCCUGGACCUUGAGAAGUCUGGAAAAAAUGAUGAUCUUAUAUCAAGAAUAAUGACUUUCCUAAUGAAGCCAAAAUCUUCAGGCAAGCCAUUGCCCAGAUCUAAAAGGAAGUCCCAGAAAGCUGAGAAGAGAAAGCGCAAGAACACUGGUUCGGCAAAGAAAGCAAAAUCAAAGGGCACCACGUCGGCAGAGAUCCUGACGGAGUCAAGCAGCGAAGAGGAGGAAAAGGACAGCAAGCAGUCUUCAGGAGUAGAUGAUCAGCUUAGUGAAAAUACGGACGAGACAUCACCACAGCCUAAAAGGAAACCUCAGAAAGGUGGGAAGAAGGAAUGUAGCAGUGCUGGGUCGGCCAAAAAGAAGUCCAAGCCAAAAGCCAGCAUGUCUGCCUUAGUCCUGGAGUCGAGCAGUGAAGAAGAGGAAGGCAAAGAUCUCUCAUCAGAGGAGGAUGAGCCUCCCAAAAAGGUAGUAAAAACAGAAAUAUCUGUAGCCAAAGGAAAAACACAGAGCACCAAGCUAGCGAAUGUGAAGAAGGCAGAUAGCAGUCAGGACAGUACAAAGAGAGAACAGAGCACUGCAAAACAAGAAAAUGAUUCAGAUGAUGAACCGUUGAUAAAAAUGUUGAAGAAGCCACCAACUGAUAACAACUUGAGAGACACACUAAAAAAGCUGCUAGAAAAUGCAAACCUGGAGGAAGUCACAAUGAAACAGAUAUGCAAGAAAGUAUAUGAAAACUACCCUGAUCAUGACCUGACUGACAGGAAAGACUACAUUAAAAAGACAGUGAAAGAGUUGAUCUCCUGAUGAAACGUUGGUAAAGAUUUGGAGUAAACUGGGAAAAUAAUUUCUGCAGGACUUUGGUGGUUCCAAAGGAUCAAGUUUGAGUAAUUUUAAUACCAGCAAUGAUUGUAUUUACUUUGUUACUCCAGAAUUUUAAACUAUUUUGAAUAGGAUGAGCUGUUGUCAUUCCUGUGUCAAGUUUUAAUGUAAAUUGCUUCCAAAUUAGCUUUUUUUGUGGUUUGCCUUUUCUAUCUGCUUAUUGUGUUUUUAUAUUUGUAGGUUGCAAACUCCUUUCAUUAUUACCAAGCAUUAUUUUUUUGUAAUCUUGUUUUUACAUAGUAGUUUGGAUGUGAAUAAAAUUGUUUGUUUUA